UUACCGCUUACAGAUAAUAUGAGUCCGUGUUUCACAAGAACGGAAACAUUCCUGGAACGCACGAAAAUUUUCAUCCUGAUGCUUGCAUCAUCAUGUUUACUGUGGGUGCAAACAAUACUGCAGAAAAUUUUGCGUGGGGAUGUUCAUUAUAGAUAAUGGAAUGAAAGAAUUGCCUUCAAUGGUCGGGAAAUUGCUUGAAAACUGGCAGAGGUCGUAGUGAAAUAUAUAAAUUAUUGUAAUUCUGGUACUUUGGCGAUGUAACUCGUGAUGCACCCAAGCUUGUGGACUGCCUCUUCCACAAACACCAUAAAGAAAGACAGCUUCAAGUCUAGAAGCUCAUCUUCUGGUCUUAAUUCCUUAUACACAACAUUUAACAUCCAAGAACCUGCAAGAGCUAAUAGGGAAGACAAUGUUACUCUCGUCUCGGCAGCCACGACAAAGCAGGCCGUUUUCACUCUCGAGUCUCUCUUCGGAAGCUCCCAAAAUACUUCACUGGACGGAGAGAGUGUUGGGACGGACGCAUCAGGCGCUUGCUCGGAACGAGGUGCUCGGCGUUCGACAGGUAAUCAGUCGGAUCGGAGACGCAGAAAAUCCGAAUCUCAAUACAGAGGCAGCUCUGCCGGAAGCAAGCGACACACCAAUCUUUAUGGAAUAUCAACAAACUCUUCGAACAUACAGAACGUAGAUGCCAUUAACUUCACGGGUUGCGACCCCAGAGUAAACCCUAGAGUAGCGGAGCAAAGAGGACCUCCCUCAGCCGCUGGUAGUUUGCCCUAUGGGGACGGAACAGAAAGCAUCCCGGAAGAUAAGUCGUCAAAUUUUGAAGAUUUCCCAUGCGAUCUACGGUCCUUAGCAUCCACUUGCGCCGAAUCUAAACGAAAGACUUACGAUACGAUCAGCAUUUCAACCAAUUACAGUCAAAUGACGGGAUCAUACGUUAGUGCUCAAUACUCGAGGAAAUGGCGAGUUUGCAUCGCACUUCUGGUGGGUGGCGUACUGAUCGCGCUCUGUUUGCUGGGGUUCUACCUCAACGCCGAGUCUCGCAGAGCCGAAUAUCUGGCAGCUGCUAAGGUCAAGGAAGAAGUCAGUUCAAGCGGCGAGACAGACGAUGAGCUCGCUGUGGUUGGUGAGGAGAAGAUCCCUCCAGAGUCUCCGGCUCUUGAAAAGUCCAGUUCGUGGCCGAAGAGCGAAGCGGAGGUCGAAGCCAACGCCAAGUGGCGCAUGACGAAAGGCUCCUGUGAAUACAUCGACUUACACUGUCCCGAAGGAUAUGAGCCUCCCAUUGUCUUAUUGAUCGGCAUAGACGGCCUGAGGAACGACAUGAUCACUCCUAGAACAGCACCAGCACUGCAUCACUUGGCUAAAUGUGGUGUCUGGGCCAGCCACCUCACGCCCGUUUACCCCACCGACACGUUCACCAACCUCUACACUAUCGUGACGGGUCUGUAUCCGGAAAGUCAUGGCAUCAUCGGGUCCCACAUCUACGAUGCCUCCAGAAAUAAAACUUUGAGGAUUGGCAAAUACGAAUCUAUCAAGCAGAACUGGUGGGCUGGAGACCCCGUCUGGAACACUAUUCAAAAUAGAGGCCUGAGGUCCGCCAUGUAUUACUGGCCCGGAGCGUCUGUACAAGUGAACGGCAGGUCUCCCACCAUCGAGUACAAGUACCGCAACGACUACCCGCUCGAGACCGGUGUUAAUAAGAUCAAGGAGUGGCUCCUCCUAGAGCCAGAGGACAGACCGAGUCUUCUGGGCCUGUACUUUGACAACCCAAACAAAGUCAUCAAGGAAGCCGGCAUCUACACAAAACGGGCCAACGAUUCGCUGCUGGAAGUUGACCAUCAGAUUGACCGCCUGAUGACAGCUCUGCACGAGAUGAACGUGACGUCGUGCGUUGACAUCGUGGUUGUCUCAGACCAUGGAGUGGCGCCUUCAUCAUGUGCUAACUCUCUCUACCUGGAGACAUUCAUGGAAAAAAUUGACCAUAAGGCCAGAGUUAUUACUGGUGCUGUAGGGAGACUACAGGCCAUUGAAGGCAAAGGGUCAAAUGAAGAAAUCCUCAAUCAACUGAGGUGCAAGAAUCGUAAGCUGAGAGCCCUGUCCAAAGAUGUACUUCCUAACCGAUACCACUACGCCAACAAUGAACGAAUUGAAGGAGUUAUCCUGGAUACGCUGCCCGGCAACAGGAUCGUAACCUCCGACACAAACUACUGCAAGAAAGCUGAACAUGGCUUCAACAACAUCGACCCUUUGAUGCAGGGCAUUUUCUUCGCCCGCGGUCCAUCGUUCAAGGCAAACUACAAGUUCUCUGGCUUCAGAAAUGUCGAAAUCUACAACUUACUCACGAGAUUACUAGGCACCAAGGCGUCUCCUAAUAACGGGACUGAAGGUAGUUUGUAUCAUAUCCUACGUGAUCCGCCUCCUCCACCCACAAUACGUAUCAAUGCUUGGCCCGAAAACGUCCUCUCCUUUUUGCACCCAAGGUCAAGAGAUCCUUCGUUUCUCGAAGAAUUGAAAGUACCGCCAACAGAACCAACUAUCUCUUCAUCCCCUCCGUCAACUACAAUGGUGACUCCAAUUUCAACCGAAAUGAUGUCGAGCACAUCCAUUGAGAACAGGGCUGCUACCCUCAAUGACGAUACAGGGAUGGAAUCUCCUUCUAUCUCUACCGGUACAACAGAACCAACUAUCUCUUCAUCCCCUCCGUCAACUACAAUGGUGACUCCAAUUUCAACCGAAAUGAUGUCGAGCACAUCCAUUGAGAACAAGGCCGAUUCCCUCAACGACGAUGCAGGGGUGGAAUCUUCUUCUAUCUCUACCAGCACAACCCCUUCCAUUUCUUCUCCCAUACCUAUAGAUACUCAUCCAGUUGAAGAUAAAGCCGUAGAAAAUAAAGAGCAAAUACCAGCUUCUACAACGUCCAGACCUACAGUAUCGACUUCUGAACCGUUGGUUCAAUCAUCGACUAAAGCCACUUCCACGUCUGAUCAAGAACAGUCAGAAGUAGUCUCUGAUGCUGCAGAUGAUGGAAAUGGGGAAACGAAGCAAAUUUUGGAAUCUAGCUUGAGCCAACGCGAAGGAAAAACAGUGGAUGAAUCUUCAGCCCUUGUUAAAGAUCUGCAACCAACAGCAGGUGUUGAAAGUCCUAUUCCUAAUUUAACAUUAUCUAGUGUUGUUACUCCACUAGCGGAGGGCGAAAAUAGCCGUGAUACUCCUGAAGACAAUGGCAAUGCAGUGUCCAAUUCUUCUAUUGUUUUGGAUAAAGAAAUUGCACACAACUCUCAGGUUAAUGAAGAUCUAAUGGAAGUAGGGGAACGAUCUUCUGUAGACAAUACGAUGAAAAAUGGAGUAAAAAAUGAAACACUGCUUGAGGAUAAAGAAAGCAGCACAACAUCUCCUAGUAUUUCAGUCAACGUGAGUAUUGCUUCCACUGCCAUAGUAAGUGAAGUCUCUCCUUCAGCAACCACUGACAGCUUGUCUAGUGAACAAGGAGUACAAACUUCAUCAUCCGUAAGCCCAAUCUUGCCAACAGCCACUACUCUCACAACUGGAUCUUCUAACAUCUUGCCGUCAUCCACUGAAUCUAAUGUUCAGCCAACUGCAACUAAUCUCUCAGCUAGUGACAAUUUUGAACAGAAGAAUGAUUCUUUAAGUUCCUUAACUAAUACGCAGACAACGAAUCCACAGCCUGAAAACGCGCCGCAAUCUAACAUCACAAAUGAGUCAACUAAUCCAGUAACCGAGUCCAUGUUAACUAAUCGAAAGAAGAGGAAUACCUGCGAAUGCACAUCGUCGAAAGAUCUGCAACAAGAGCGAGGUCGCGGGCAGCCGGCGCGUUCUGACCACAUCGCUCAUCACUGUCCCUUCGGCGCGCCUCAGUUCGAAGCCAGAGAAGCACCUAGAGGAACCCACUACAUCUUACCAUACACCAAUCACAUCAACGGCUACAUAGGCGAGCUGGGCACUGCGAUUUGGUCAAGUUUCACACUCACAAACUCCACCUUGGAUGCUUUGGAGAUGAAUCCUCUAGCCAACUCAACGGAUUUUGGUGGCCUCUCCGACUCGCCGUGCUGGCUCGCCGACCCACGUCUGCCCAGAGACCCUGACCAGCAGUGCAUGGAGUAUCUGUUGGACCGCUACAACACCGACGUCGUCAGCAUGCAUCAGCUCUUCCCUCAAGAAUUUGAAGCGCCGGAAGUUUUGGCAAGAGAAGGUUACUUCCUGACCAACGCCAUCGCUCUGAGGAAAGGUUUUACUGAAGGAGGUCGGCACAGCAUCGUGGGCUUGUUACGUGAGUGGACACGCAGCAGGAACGUUGUGAACGUCGUCACUGGUCCCGUCUGGGACAGAAACUACAACGGCAGAGGGGAUACGAUAAUACACAUCAGGUCUCUCGUAGAUUUCUUGACGCCCAGCCAUGUGUUUUACAUCGUCAGUUCCUGCAAGACUUCUGCAGGCUUUGAUUUGGAUGAAACUGACCUUAGAAAAUGUGCCUCAGACGAGCUGGACGUGUUGGCUUUUGUGUUCCCGAACACUAAGCUCAACGACAACUGCCAGAUGAAUGAUCGCGAAUACAGCCGCUAUCACCUAACCAGCCUGACGGACAUUGAGCGUUUGACUGGACUGCAGUUUUUCAGCGGCUUUAUUGGAGAAUCUUCGUUGCCAGUCUUACUUGCGGAGCAACCGCUCGAGCUGUGGGAUGACUAAAACAUUCCACGCUUCUACGUAUAUCUUCUACAGCUCAAACAGUAGGAUGAAUAAAAUGUCCCGCGCUUCAGAGUGUGACUUCUGCAGCUCUAGCAGUGGAAUGAUUAAAAAUUCCAGCGUCUCAGUGUAAGGCUUCUACAUCUCAAGCUGAGCUUUGACUUAAGACGUCAUUUCAGUGUAUUGCUUCUGCAAUACACUGAAUUGUAUUACAAUACACACAGUGUAUUGCUUCUGCAAGCUUAGGGUUGACUAUAAGAACUCACGUUUCAGUGCAAAGCUUUCACAGCUCAAGCUGUGGUAUGACGAAAACAUCCUGCUCUUCAGUGCACAGCUGACACUUCGGUAUGACUGACAACCUUGUGGUAUGACGCGCUUCAGUAGAAGGCUUCUACAGUUCAAGUUAUGGUAUGACUAAAACGACUCAAACUUCUGUUCAUAGCUUGUACAGCUCAAGCUGUGGUAUGACUAAGACGUUUCUCUCUGCAGUGUACAGCUUAUGCAGCUCAACCAUCGAUGUAUUACAUCAUCGCGCUCAAUAUUCUCUCUGCGAGUUUCCCGCAAAUGCGAGCUUAUUCUUUGAUUUAAAGAUACGAAGCUCUCUUUCGCAUGUGGUCGCGCUCUACAAAAGAAGCUUUUGUGUUGAAGUGAUCACAGAUAAUGGUUUUGAUUGCUCUUAUCGUGAGUUGACGAGCAUGAAAUUCGUGAAUGACCACGAAUUUCGUUCGUUAAUGGCCACGUGGAACAUUCAUGACAAUUUGAUAACUCAUUAAAAUCAUGAAAUUUCAUCGGGGAGUGAAAUAAUUUCUUGUUUUGUCACAAUUACAGCGAAUUUUUUUUCUCGUAACUCUUUAUUAAUAUGCUAUAAAUGCAUCGGAUAAACAAUGCAACGGAUUAUAUUCAAUGUUAAGUUUAACAUAUUUUUCUCUUUCUACAUCUAUAGCUCUUUAUCAAACUUGUGUAAUAAACGUUAGAUAUUGGCAUAUUUCAUAUUUUAUCUAUAAAUAAUGACAUCAUUUGACGCCAUGACAAUCACAAAUUUCCUAGUAUCAAAGUUCAUCAUAGAUUAUAUAUAUAAUAUAUAUACACAUGUAUGUAUAAAUAAAUGCGCUGUUCGUACGUUCACUGUGUUGAGCGUCGCUUGCAGUGUAACAGCUUCUUGUUUGCGUUCGUAAUUUUCUUAGAAGGCUGGACGUUAUUUCGGGUCUGCAUCAUUCUAAAACUUUCCUUAUAAAAGGCUACAAAUUAGAUCAAAUUAAAUAUGAUUCUUUGACUUAAAGACUGUGUCUUUCUAAAGUUUUAACGCCCUAAUAUGUAACGCCCUAAUAGGAAGGAAAAUCAAAAUCCAUAAUUAUGCUCUUUACUAAAAAUGCUAAGAGAUAAAUCCACUCAUACAGGAUUGAAAAGUUCCCUGGAAUUUUACAAAACCUUCCUUACAUGCUCUCUGUCAAUCAAAUGCUCUCUCUAGUUACCGCUUCAGAUUUUUAUACGUUUUGUUAUUCAGCAUUUAUUUCUAUUAAUAUAUCGCGUUAUAUAUAUACCGUUCUGAAAUCGUUCACGUACGCCCGGAUGUACCUGUUUAUCGAGUCAAUAUUAUCUUGCAUGGCAGCAUUUCUACCUCAACGCUGUGGUAGAACGUUGGGCAAAGUUUUUGUAUUCUGAACGACCGCUGCAUUAAACAUAUCGAGCUCAUUUGUCCCUCUGGUUUGUAUUGUGUUCUCCUCUCUAUUACGAUCCUUCCCCUGAAGGAUAAUGACUUCACCAAACAUAGAUAAAUUAUACAUUCAUAACUCAAUGUGCCAGAGCUUUCUAACCAUCAAACAUUAUUCUCUGCGUUUGAGUAAAGUGCUUACUUAACUUCAUGAUCCUUGAAUGUGCAGGAACAUGGACAAUUUACCAUUCCUUUCUUCUCAGUUUUUUAUCUUGGAGAAUAUAUCAGUUUUCUAUCUCAGUUUCUAUCAAAACUUUUUCUCUCCUUACGAGUUUCGUAAUCGUGCAAACUUCUGUUACCAACUUAGCAUUGCUUUUAAUGAUAUUAGUCAUUAUGCUGAUACUCUCAUUUUAUGAAGUGAGAGAAGAAUCUUCCUAGGCUGCCUUCCGCCCCAGCGAGAUUAAGCGAUAUUUGUGUUUAAUAUGUUUUAUUGUGUGGACAAUGCAUGAAUUAUUUCGUUCUAAUUUCAUAAAUUGACACACAUAAGUAAUUAAAUACUUCCCUAUGACUCCAGUAAUUGAGCUCCAGUGUUUAUGCAUAAUUAAGGAAAUUCUAGGGUGUGAAAUCCGAAAAUCUCCUGCACUAGCCGAUGUAACUUAAGUGACCUAAAUAAAUUUAUUUUCAAUUUAGAUGACCCCGUGAAGCUCUCUAAAAUUUAAAUUAAAAGAAUAAUUGCCUGAUAUUUAUCAACAUCUUCCUCGUCUUUGAACACUAUAAGUGGUCAAUGCUGCAUGGCGCCGAGAUAGCCUCAUCGCAUGUUAUCAGCUCAAAUGUUUCAUUGAGGUUUUCCUCAGCGAUAUUCUGCCCAGCAUUCUAAUAAUCUUAGCAAUAAUGCCAUAGUAAUAAUAAUUUUUACCAGUACUUCCUACAACUUCUUGUACAUUGUUGGAUCUUCAUCUGUUAUUUACUAAGCAUGCAUAAUACGCGACCUCUGUAAUGCGUGUCCCUUCCCAUUAUUAUAAACUCUCUUGCUCACUGUAGCUAUUCAGAGUUAUUAAUGUAAUUUGUUUAUAUAUAUUAUUAAAAUUUAUGCGGUGCUCUUAUAAGAGGGAGACAGAAAUUUAAUGAACUAAGAAGGAAUCUAUUGAUGGGUGAAUAUAUUGAUGUCAAGUAUG